UUACCAAUUGACGUCAGUUCGAUCCAGAUACUUGCACAAGUUACACCUUUUUAAAUUUUUACAAUAUUUCCAAAAAAUGUAUAAAUUUAUUCUAUAUAUCUUUCUCUUUUUCGCCGGUGAUGCAAAUUCACACGGCACGAUUGAAGGUGUAAAGUCCACAAUUUUGGGUGCGGUCGACCCACUCCGGCGGUGUGGCGGACUAGCCACCCAACGCCAACUGAGGAUCAGUGGGUGUGACGGGUACUGUAGAUUCACGCCUGGGCAAAUCUACAAUUGCGAGAACGACUUUAUGCCAAGUCAGGCCAUCCCCCAGUUAAAUUUGAGGGUGGAGAUUUGCCUGAGCGGGGACAUUUGUAUGACCAUUAUUAAUUACGAGAUGCCCAACUCGUCCGUCCAGCCAGGAUUUCUUUACACCGCGAAAUACUCCUUCGUCCCGAAUGACAUCUUGUCCGGAAGGACGGUCGAAUUUAGGGCGUCACUCCUGCACUCGAACGAUCUCCAUGUCGAAGUUUGCGUCGCGGCGGAUGUUGAUGUCCUCUAAUAAAAGCUGAAUACAUUCAAAAUCGUUAAUAAAUGAUUGAAUUUUGAUGGUUUUAUGGAAAUCAUGUCCCAAAUUUUCUUAAAUAUGUACAUGUAGAAUUGUUGUGCAUCCAUGUUUCAAAUGAAUGAAGUAAUUCUUACAAUAAAUUCCGAAUCGAACCAAAAA